UAGCAAAAGUUGGAUGUGGAUCAGCUAUUAUUGUUGAUAUUUCCAUUUAAAUAGAAAUGUAGUGUGUCUGGCGACUCCCGCACCAUCUAUAAUUUUCACUGGUGUCGAUUUUGUGUGCUGGUUGUACAAUUUAGAAAAAUUGUCCCUUUUCGAUUGCAAAUACAAAAUAAUAUAGAUUUUAAUUUCUUAAUAAACAAUUUUGAAAGUUUUACCUCAUUACUAUGGCUGACAUGAAAUCUGUUUUCCAUGAGUGGUGCUCAAAGCAUAAACUAGAACCAAAAUUUGAAGUUCGUCCGACUGGACCAAAGCAUCGCCAACGAUUUUUGUGUGAAGUACGAGUGCCGAAUCAUCCCUACGUGGCGGCAGGUAAUUCUACGAACAAAAAAGAUGCAGAACGCAAUGCAGCUCGGGAUUUCAUGAGUUUUUUGGUACGUACCGGUAAAGUAAAUGCGUCUGAUAUACCUGCGGACGCAGGAAUGGCAGCUAUAGCACCUGCAACUAACGCUGAAGGGGGCGGUGAAAGAUAUGGUUCUCAACGCAAAUUCUUUGAUGGUGGGAUGGGACCACAAGAUUUGGGUCAGGCUUAUCAACCCAUAGAGCGUGAGAUCAAUCCAGUGGAUAGAGCACGUGAACAAUUGGAAAUGAAAGAAGCUGAGUCAGUAGAUGUAAAUGCAGCCAUACAUGGUAAUUGGACUAUCGAAAACGCAAAGGCAAAACUUCACCAAUUCAUGCAGAUGAACAAAUUAACAGCGGAUUAUAAGUAUACGCCCGUUGGUCCAGAUCACGCCAGGUAAAAUGUCGAUUAUGUAUAUAAAAUCAUUACACUACAUACAUACAUAUGUAUUUCAUUUAAAUUCAUUCUGUUUUAAGUGAGCUCAUCUCUUCGAUUUUAUAUCAAUAAAUCAAAGAGGAAAGCUUCGAUUAUUUAUGUCGUACCUGUGGCAAAGUGAAGACUGGGUGAAAUAUAGUAACUGCAAUUGAAACCAAAAAAGAUCAAAACUUUCACAUAUGUGGCAAUGUGCGAUAAUUUGCAAACAUCUGGUUUUAGUUGAAUUUAUAACAUACAUAUAUGAGACGAGUAUUUUCAACCCUAUUUCAGUUGAAAGUUUUCGCCUAUGUUUAUUAAUUAAAAAUUUACGUAAAAUCAUUAAUUGGUAUCAUAACUUGUGCUUUGUACAGUUUGUCAAGGAAUUGUGUAGCAAACAAUUAAAAACGAUUUAAAUAUAAAGUAGUUAAACUAUCGUUUAUUUAAGUCUUUUCUGUUUUUGUGUGAAUAUAUUCUGUUAAAUUAUUUAUGUUAUGAAAAAUUUAUACAUCUUUACUUUCUAAACAAUUCUUUGACAGACUGUAUUUAGGACACUACUAUAUUAGAAACUUUUCUUUAACUGCGAAAAGAAAAUGAAAAUAAACAAAAUAUCUAAAUACUCUUAAUACCAAUGUGAUUUAUCCUGUAUGAUUUUUUAUAAUCCAGUAGCUUUGGGUAUAUUAAGUUUGCAAAGUAACGCACAGUGCCACAAUACUUAAAAGGUAUUCUUCUAAGGCCUAUAUUCACUACACCACAGAAAAUUGCCAUUGGAGCUUUAUGGCUGAAAUGCAAAUUUUCGUGCGUCAACUAAAACGUACAGUUACCGCACGCGAGACUGGUUCCAAUAAACAAUCAGCAAGUAAAUCAUGCGCUUUGUCUUUGGUACGUCAACUUUAUCAUUUGGGUGUAAUUGAGGCUUUUAGUGGCACAUUGAAGCAACGCAAAGACGAUGCGGAUAUGAAACCGUAUCCAGUCAAAAUUUCUGAAAAUCUAAUGCAAAAAGUCGAAGAAUGCAUUCGAGAACUUGACCUACCGGUUAUUAAUCCUUUCAAUAUAAAAGCGGAAAAUGAGAAUACUGGUGUGAGCUUACUUAUCCCUACCAAUAGGGAAGCAAGAAGUCAAAACGACGAGGCCUCUCAAAUGCAGGGUUCAGUUAUACCUUGGGCUCCGCCACAACCUAAUUGGAACGCAUGGAAUGCUUGUAAUAUUGACGAGGGUUAUUUGGCUACAGCCACUUUAGAUGAUCUCUGCGAAGAUCUCGAAACAACUUCGAAAGAAAAGCGAAUGAAUAAUGUAGAACUGCAGAAAUUCAUUGAGUUUCGUGAAUGUCUCCCCAUUGCGGCUAUGCGCAAUGAAAUAAUGUCUAACAUACAUGAGUAUCCUGUCGUUAUCAUACGCGGAAACACUGGUUGCGGCAAAACAACACAAAUUGCACAAUAUAUAUUGGAGGAUUACAUUGCAUCCGGUCAGGGUGCCUUCUGUAAUAUUUAUGUCACGCAACCACGUCGUAUUUCAGCUAUUUCGGUGGCAGAACGGGUCGCCGCCGAGCGUUGUGAGAAUCUUGGCGAAGCGGUUGGAUACUCAGUCCGUUUCGAAACGGUUACACCGCGCCCCUAUGGCGCCAUCUUAUUCUGUACGGUCGGUGUGCUGUUGCGCAAACUUGAGGGCGGCUUACGUGGCAUCUCUCACAUUAUUGUGGAUGAAAUUCACGAGCGUGAUGUAAAUAGUGACUUUUUAUUGGUCAUACUACGUGAUAUGGUACACACAUAUCCCGAUUUACAUGUCAUUCUAAUGUCUGCUACAAUUGAUACAACAUUAUUUUCGGAGUAUUUUGGUAAAUCUCCAGUUUUAGAAAUUCCCGGACGUGCUUUCCCUGUACAACAAUUCUUCUUAGAAGAUUGUGUAGAAAUGACAAAGUUUAUGCCGACACCUGAAUCACGCAAGAAGAGCAAAGAUCGCGAUGAUGAGGAAAAAUCUGUAAUAGCUGAGAAUGGUGAGGAUGCAAAUGAUCAAAAUUUGAACAAAGUUUGCGACGCAAAAUACUCACAGCAAACUAAAACGGCAAUGGCAUUGUUGUCCGAGUCCGAAUGUUCGUUUGAAUUGAUCGAAGCGCUUUUGGUGCAUAUUAAAUCGAAGAAUAUACCGGGAGCUGUGCUUAUCUUUUUACCUGGUUGGAAUCUAAUUUUCGCUUUGAUGAAGUAUUUGCAGAACUCACAAUUCGGUGGAACACAAUAUCGCAUAUUGCCAUGCCAUUCGCAAAUUCCACGAGAGGAUCAAAGAAAAGUGUUUGAGUCAGUGCCAGAUGGCGUAACAAAGAUCAUACUGUCCACCAAUAUUGCUGAAACAUCUAUAACAAUUGACGACAUUGUUUUUGUUAUUGAUAUCUGCAAGGCGCGCAUGAAGAUGUUCACCUCACACAAUAAUCUCACAAGCUAUGCCACCGUUUGGGCAGCCAGAUCGAAUUUGGAGCAACGUAAAGGUCGCGCUGGUCGCGUUCGACCGGGUUUCUGUUUUACCCUUUGCUCUCGUGCUCGUUUUCAGAGACUUGAGGAAAGCAUGACACCUGAGAUAUUUCGUACACCAUUACAUGAAUUGGCACUCUCCAUCAAACUGUUGCGUCUUGGUUCUAUUCAUCAGUUUUUAUCAAAGGCUUUGGAGCCACCUCCAUUGGAUGCCGUUAUCGAAGCUGAGGUGCUUUUACGCGAUAUGCGCUGUUUGGAUGAUAAUGAUGAGUUGACACCGUUGGGGCGCAUUUUGGCGCGUUUGCCGAUUGAGCCUCGACUAGGUAAAAUGUUGAUAUUAGGCUCAGUGUUUGGCUGCGCGGACAUAUUGGCGAACAUGGCCUCUUACUCGAGCACUUUCUCCGAGAUAUUUGCAUUAGACAUUGGGCAACGGCGUUUGGCAAAUCACCAAAAACAAUUGGGCGGGCGCAAAUGUUCUGAUCAUGUUGCUAUGAUAGUCGCUACACAGAUGUGGGAAAACGCCAAGAAUCGUGGCGAAGAGGAAGAGAUAAAGUUUUGCGAGUGGAAGGGGUUGCAGUUAUCAACCAUGCGCGUUAUGUCCGAGGCCAAAGGUCAGCUUUUAGAUUUGUUGCAACAAACCGGAUUUCCAGAGGAGUCAAUGAUAUCGUAUAAAGUGGAUGCGAAUAAUGAUGAUCCGGUUUUGGAUAUGGCUACUGCAUUGCUUUGUUUGGGUUUGUAUCCAAACGUUUGCGUACACAAGGAGAAACGUAAGGUUUUGACAACGGAAUCCAAGGCCGCACUUUUACAUAAGACUUCGGUUAAUUGCAGCAACUUGGCUGUAACUUUCCCCUAUCCGUUCUUCGUAUUUGGCGAGAAGAUAAGAACUCGUGCUGUCUCCUGCAAGCAGUUGACAAUGGUGGCGCCAUUACACUUGCUGCUCUUUGGUUGUCGUAAAGUGGAUUUUAUUAAAGAUAAUAUAAUUCGGCUAGAUAAUUGGCUUAACCUUGAAAUGGAUCCCCAACAUGCUGCUGCAUUGGCAGCGCUGAAACCGGCUAUUGAAACCCUUAUCACUAUUGCAUGUGAUAGACCAGAUGAAAUUGGUCAACUCGAAGAGCCACAAGCGAAACUUAUAAAUGUUGUAAAGGAGUUAUGUGUUAUAAAUGCUGGUGAUUAUAAUAUUACCAGGGAGGCUGGUGUGUUACCCUUCCAAAGUCGACAAGGCGGUGGUGGUGGCCAUAGUGGUGGUCCACCCAAUAAGCGUGGACGUUUCGAUGGCGGCAGUGGUUAUAGUGGAUGGAAUCGUGGUGGCGGUGGCAGCAAUUGGGGCUCAGGUGGUGGUGGCAACUGGGGCCGCGGUAGUUUUGGACGAGGUAGCGGAACCAACCAAUGGGGCCGCUACGGAGGUGGUGGCAGAGGCAGAUUUUAAGUGUUUACAUAUUUUGUAAAAGAUGAUAUCGCAGAAUAUUUUAUCUCAUUUUAUAGAAUAUAAUUGCUAAUAAAAGUACAUUCAUUAAAAUAUGUAUUCUAAAACUAA